AUGACAUCUCGGACAGCUGAGAACCCGUUCGAUAUAGAGCUUCAAGAGAAUCUAAGUCCACGUUCUUCCAAUUCGUCCAUAUUGGAAAACAUUAAUGAGUAUGCUAGAAGACAUCGCAAUGAUUCGCUUUCCCAAGAAUGUGAUAAUGAAGAUGAGAACGAAAAUCUCAAUUAUACUGAUAACUUGGCCAAGUUUUCAAAGUCUGGAGUAUCAAGAAAGAGCUGUAUGCUAAUAUUUGGUAUUUGCUUUGUUAUCUGGCUGUUUCUCUUUGACCUUAUUCAAACAGCCACGGAACUGCUUCUGCCACCACGUCUAAUCGUUGAACCAAAACAGACUGAAUUACCUGAAAGCAAAGAUUCUAACACUGAUUAUCAAAAAGGAGCUAAAUUGAGCCUUAGCGGCUGGAGAUCAGGUCUGUACAAUGUCUAUCCAAAACUGAUCUCUCGUGGUGAAGAUGACAUAUACUAUGAACACAGUUUUCAUCGUAUAGAUGAAAAGAGGAUUACAGACUCUCAACACGGUCGAACUGUAUUUAACUAUGAGAAAAUUGAAGUAAAUGGAAUCACGUAUACAGUGUCAUUUGUCACCAUUUCUCCUUACGAUUCUGCCAAAUUCUUAGUCGCAUGCGACUAUGAAAAACACUGGAGACAUUCUACGUUUGCAAAAUAUUUCAUAUAUGAUAAGGAAAGCGACCAAGAGGAUAGCUUUGUACCUGUCUACGAUGACAAGGCAUUGAGCUUCGUUGAAUGGUCGCCCUCAGGUGAUCAUGUAGUAUUCGUUUUUGAAAACAAUGUAUACCUCAAACAACUCUCAACUUUAGAGGUUAAGCAGGUAACUUUUGAUGGUGAUGAGAGUAUUUACAAUGGUAAGCCUGACUGGAUCUAUGAAGAGGAAGUUUUAAGUAGCGACAGAGCCAUAUGGUGGAAUGACGAUGGAUCGUACUUUACGUUCUUGAGACUUGAUGACAGCAAUGUCCCAACCUUCAACUUGCAGCAUUUUUUUGAAGAAACAGGCUCUGUGUCGAAAUAUCCGGUCAUUGAUCGAUUGAAAUAUCCAAAACCAGGAUUUGACAACCCCCUGGUUUCUUUGUUUAGUUACAACGUUGCCAAGCAAAAGUUAGAAAAGCUAAAUAUUGGAGCAGCAGUUUCUUUGGGAGAAGACUUCGUGCUUUACAGUUUAAAAUGGAUAGACAAUUCUUUUUUCUUGUCGAAGUUCACAGACCGCACUUCGAAAAAAAUGGAAGUUACUCUAGUGGACAUUGAAGCCAAUUCUGCUUCGGUGGUGAGAAAACAUGAUGCAACUGAGUAUAACGGCUGGUUCACUGGAGAAUUUUCUGUUUAUCCUGUCGUUGGAGAUACCAUUGGUUACAUUGAUGUAAUCUAUUAUGAGGACUACGAUCACUUGGCUUAUUAUCCAGACUGCACAUCCGAUAAGUAUAUUGUGCUUACAGAUGGUUCAUGGAAUGUUGUUGGACCUGGAGUUUUAGAAGUGCUUGAAGAUAGAGUCUACUUUAUCGGCACCAAAGAAUCAUCAAUGGAACAUCACUUGUAUUAUACAUCAUUAACGGGACCCAAGGUUAAGGCUGUUAUGGAUAUCAAAGAACCUGGGUACUUUGAUGUAAACAUUAAGGGAAAAUAUGCUUUACUAUCUUACAGAGGCCCCAAACUCCCAUACCAGAAAUUUAUUGAUCUUUCUGACCCUAGUACAACAAGUCUUGAUGACAUUUUAUCGUCUAAUAGAGGAAUUGUCGAGGUUAGUUUAGCAACUCACAGCGUUCCUGUUUCUACCUAUACUAAUGUAACACUUGAGGACGGCGUCACACUGAACAUGAUUGAAGUGUUGCCUGCCAAUUUUAAUCCUAGCAAGAAGUACCCACUGUUGGUCAACAUUUAUGGUGGACCGGGCUCCCAGAAGUUAGAUGUGCAGUUCAACAUUGGGUUUGAGCAUAUUAUUUCUUCGUCACUGGAUGCAAUAGUGCUUUACAUAGAUCCGAGAGGUACUGGAGGUAAAAGCUGGGCUUUUAAAUCUUACGCUACAGAGAAAAUAGGCUACUGGGAACCACGAGACAUCACUGCAGUAGUUUCCAAGUGGAUUUCAGAUCACUCAUUUGUGAAUCCUGACAAAACUGCGAUAUGGGGGUGGUCUUACGGUGGGUUCACUACGCUUAAGACAUUGGAAUAUGAUUCUGGAGAGGUUUUCAAAUAUGGUAUGGCUGUUGCUCCAGUAACUAAUUGGCUUUUGUAUGACUCCAUCUACACUGAAAGAUACAUGAACCUUCCAAAGGACAAUGUUGAAGGCUACAGUGAACACAGCGUCAUUAAGAAGGUUUCCAAUUUUAAGAAUGUAAACCGAUUCUUGGUUUGUCACGGGACUACUGAUGAUAACGUGCAUUUUCAGAACACACUAACCUUACUGGACCAGUUCAAUAUUAAUGGUGUUGUGAAUUACGAUCUUCAGGUGUAUCCCGACAGUGAACAUAGCAUUGCCCAUCACAACGCAAAUAAAGUGAUCUACGAGAGGUUAUUCAAGUGGUUAGAGCGGGCAUUUAACGAUAGAUUUUUGUAA